AUGACAGAAGCCUGGUCAUCUGCGGCCAUGCUCUCCCUUCCCCACUUCAGGGAGAGGAGAAGGCGCCCAGAGGAGGAGCAGAGAGGUGGCCAAGGUGGAGGGAGCAGUGGCGCAACUCUGCUGAGGGCAGACAGCUCGAGUCAAGUGCCGGUCAUCACAGAUAAAGUCAUGUCAAGAAAACCGACUCCAUUAAACUCAAAUCUUAUUAUCGCAUUUCACAUGGACAUUAAAACCUCUCAGAAAGCAGCAGCUAUAAGAGAGAAGCUGGAACAAAAAUCCCCAGAUUCUAAGACACUACAGGAAGAUUCACCUGGAGUGAGACAGAGGGUCUAUGAGUGCCAGGAAUGUGGAAAAUCCUUCAGGCAGAAGGGUAGUCUAACAUUACAUGAGAGAAUCCACACUGGUCAGAAGCCCUUUGAGUGCACCCAUUGUGGAAAAAGCUUUAGGGCCAAAGGCAAUCUUGUUACACAUCAACGAAUACACACAGGAGAGAAGCCCUAUCAGUGCAAGGAGUGUGGGAAAAGCUUUAGUCAACGAGGUAGUCUGGCCGUUCACGAAAGACUCCACACGGGACAGAAACCCUAUGAGUGUGCUAUUUGUCAGAGAAGCUUCAGGAAUCAAAGUAACCUUGCUGUUCACAGAAGAGUUCAUAGUGGUGAGAAGCCCUAUAGAUGUGAUCAGUGUGGAAAAGCCUUCAGUCAGAAAGGAAGCUUAAUUGUUCAUAUCAGAGUCCACACAGGCCUGAAACCCUAUGCCUGUGCACAAUGCAGGAAGAGUUUCCACACCAGGGGGAACUGUGUUCUGCAUGGCAAAAUCCACACAGGAGAGACACCCUAUCUAUGUAGUCAGUGUGGUAGGGACUUCAGUGAGCGCUCAGAGCUAGUCCUUCAUCAGAGGGACCAUACCGAAGAAAAGCCCUACAGAUGUGAUCAGUGUGGGAAGGGCUUCACAAGGAGCUCAAGUCUCCUCAUCCACCGUGAAGUCCACGCAGAUGAGAAGCCUUACAAGUGCGAUAAGUGUGGGAAGGGCUUCACCAGGAGUUCAAGUCUGCUUAUUCAUCACUCAGUCCACACAGGUGAGAAGCCUUAUAAAUGCGACAAGUGUGGGAAGGGCUUUACUCAGAGCUCCAAACUGCACAUCCACCAGCGAGUGCACACCGGCGAGAAGCCCUACGAGUGUGGGGAGUGCGGUAUGAGCUUCAGUCAGCGCUCCAACCUGCACAUCCACCAGCGCAUCCACACAGGGGAGAGGCCCUACAAGUGUGGGGAGUGUGGAAAGGGCUUCAGUCAGAGCUCAAACCUUCACAUCCACCGCUGUUCACACACGGGGGAGAAGCCUUACCAGUGCUACGAGUGCGGGAAGGGCUUCAGCCAGAGCUCAGACCUCCGCAUCCACCUGCGAGUCCACACUGGGGAGAAGCCCUAUCACUGCGGCAAAUGUGGGAAGGGCUUCAGCCAGAGCUCCAAACUCCUCAUCCACCAGAGAGUCCACACCGGAGAGAAGCCCUACGAGUGCAACAAAUGUGGGAAGGGCUUCAGCCAGAGCUCCAACCUCCACAUCCACCAGCGGGUCCACAGGAAAGAUCCCCAUUAA